UAACUUAUAAGCAGACCAGGCCAGACCAGACACCAGUGGAGGAAGAGAAUCAAUAUUAAUAAUAAUAUGUCAAAAGAAAAUACAAGGAAAGUUGUCUUAGAGAAGCAAACAAGUCCCAAGGACAGAGAAAGGCCAAGCCAAGGUUUUUUCUUGUCAAAAAACUUCAAGAAAAUCUAUCCAAUUGGCCUUCACAAGAGUGGUUCCACCCUUUCACUUUCUUCACUUUCACUUUCUUUGUCACAAAACUCGAACGAUUCCGAUUCGACAUGCCCUCUGGCCGAAAGAAUCGCAAUGGCACUCAGACGAAUCGCUCUGCCUGAGAAAAGAGAAUUAGUCCCUGCCACCGCAGCCGUCCAGGAGCAGAACCAAACGCAGCUUUGUGAUGAAGAAAACAUGAGGAGGUGCAAUUGGAUCACAAAAAAUAGUGACAAAGUUUAUGUCCAAUUCCAUGAUGAAUGUUGGGGUGUUCCAGUUUAUGAAGACAAUCAAUUAUUUGAGUUGCUUGCAUUAUCUGGUAUGCUGAUGGAUCACAAUUGGACUGAAAUCCUCAAAAGAAAAGAAAUAAUCAGGGUAAGUUUCCAUGGAUUCGAUCCAAACUCCGUGGCAAGGAUCGAAGAGAAAGAUAUAAUCGACAUGGCCUGCGAUAAGACAUUGAUGCUUGCGGAGAGCAGAGUGAGAUGCAUAAUCGACAACGCCAAAUGCAUACUCAAGAUUCAAAGGGAAUUUGGUUCAUUCAGUGGAUACAUAUGGGGUUAUGUGAAUUACAAACCAAUGAUCAACAAAUGUAAACAUCCAAGGAAUGUACCUUUGCGAACUCCAAAGGCUGAAUCUUUGAGCAAAGAUUUGUUGAAAAGAGGAUUCCGGUUGGUUGGACCGGUUAUAGUUUACUCAUUCAUGCAGGCUGCAGGGCUUUCGAUUGAUCAUCUUGUUGACUGUUUCAGGUUUCAUGAAUGUGUUGGUCUUGCAGAGAGACCAUGGAGACAUAUCUGAAAAAGAUCUAAUUCUUAAUAUAGUUUGC